AUGAUUAAUUGUGGAAUCGUUUGGUUUUUGGGGUUGUUGGUCUAUUUUUGGUGUCCUGACCUUUGCAACGCGGAACAUGCGGUACCAGAACAGGUUCAUAUUGCCUUAGGAGAAAGAAUUGACAUGAUGACAGUAAUGUGGAGUACUUUCCAGGCCACUGACGCUUCGAUUGUCGAAUACGGACUGUCGGCGGGCGAGCUGGACAAGUCGGCCAACGGAACUUGGCAGAUUCUGAACAACAGGGGUUUCUUUCAAUACAUCCACACGUCAAAACUCACCGAUCUGGGAAUUGAUACUAAAUACUAUUACAGAUGCGGCGAUGGCCGUUUCUUUAGCCCCAUUUACAGUUUCAAGACCCUGAAGAAAGGAACGGACUGGAGUCCUCGGGUCAUUAUUUACGGCGACCUCGGUUUCAAGGAUGGGGUCUCUGCGAAAAAACUCAAGGAGGAGGCUCUCAACGAAAGCGCAGACGUAAUGAUACAUAACGGUGAUAUUGCCUAUGAUCUGCACACGAACAACGGCCGGGUUGGCGAUAAUUUCAUGAGAAUGAUAGAGCCGUUCGCAGCAAGAGUUCCCUAUAUGGUGUCUGUCGGAAACCAUGAAGCUUUCAACUGGAACUACACGAAUUACAGAAUGAGAUUUGAUAUGCCUGGAACAGAUGACAAUUUGUGGUACAGUUUCAAAGUUGGUCCGAUACAUUUUGUAGUUAUGAGUACCGAAGUUUAUUUCUUCUUGCUAUAUGGAGGGUUAGAAGCUGUGUAUUCUCAUUACAAAUGGCUGGAUGAUACUCUAAGGCAAGCAAAUCUUCCGCAAAACCGAGCAAAGUGGCCAUGGGUUAUAACUUUAGGACACAGACCAAUGUACUGUUCCAAUACUGCUUUACGGUAUUGCAGGCUAGAAUCAAAUCCAGUACGUGUUGGACUCUUGAGACAGUACGGGCUGGAAGAUUUACUGUACGAACAUGGAGUAGAUGUUGCGUUUUGGGGACAUAAUCAUUGUUACGAAAGAUUAUAUCCAACGUUUGAUGGCCAGGUGUUCAAUGGUAGUUUCCAUAACCCAUACAGAAAUCCGAAAGCUCCUGUUCAUAUAACAAGUGGUGCAGCGGGUAAUCAAGAAGGCACCAGCAACUUUCGGGGCGUUCGCCAAAUAUGGAGCGCAUUCGGUAGCACGGAGAAGAGUUACACAAGAAUGACGCCGCAUAAUAAAACGCAUCUUUAUAUAGAACAAGUAUCUGCGGAAGAUGAUGGUGGUAUCAUUGAUAAGUUCUACAUCAUUAAAGAAAAACAUGGAUCAUACCGAAAAUUAUUUCCAGAAAACGCACAGAAAAAUAAAACAAGAAGGAAAUUAAGGAUCAGUAGGUUACUAGGAUUGUGA